UUUCUUUAUUCAUAUAAAUACAUAUACAUACAUACAUACAUACAUAACAUAUAUACAUACAUACAUACAUAUAAAAGGCAAAAAAAGUAAAAUUGUAUAUUUAUGCCUGUAUAAUAUGGAUAAUUCGCCAUCAAAUGCAUUAAGUGAAGAAGAACGUAAAAGGCUAAUCGAGUUAAUCCCAGAAGUAGGUGACCUUGAUCCCUAUAAAGAAAAUAUUCGACCUCGUCGUAAUGGUCGAUCUGUCGCUGCCUUAACAACUUUAUUCGAACGUACAGCUUCUGAACGACAAGUGAAACUGGAGGAAGGUCAUCUCUAUUUCCAAGAACUAAUUGAUAACAUUGAUGAACAAGAUGAUCCCUUGCAGAUCUAUGUUGAUUAUAUUCGUUGGACUAUAGAAAUGUAUCCAGAAGGUCAUACUAUUGAAUCAAAUCUAAUUGGACUUCUCAAAGAAGCUACAAAUCGUUUUGUAACCGACAGAAGGUAUAAAAAUGAUCCACGGUAUCUGAAAAUUUGGAUGGAAUAUGCACAACUCAUUACAGAUCCAAGAGAUAUUUUUUUAUAUCUUAUAAAACAUGAUGUCGGUCAAUCGUUGGCCUUGUUUUAUGAGGAAUAUGCAGCUUAUUAUGAAAAAUUAAACAAGAUUGAUCAUGCAACUGAAGUAUUUAAACUUGGUAUAAAUCAAGAAGCUGAUCCCCUUAAAAGAUUAAAAAGAAACUUUGGAUUAUUUAAAGCACGUGUUCAAGAAAAACAAGAAAGAGGAAUGAUUAAACAACCACAGAUGGAGGCAAGAAUACAGAUGGAGUCUCUAAGAGCAACAGGGCAUCGUACCAUGUUGGGGCAUAAAUCGGACAGUAACUCACGCAUCUCUUUACCUUCUAACAUAUAUGCAGGCACUUCAGAAGCGACAAGAUUGGGUCAAGGAUCAUCUCGAAGUCGGUCAUCAUCUAAUAGUCGAUUGGAAUCAUCAACUCCUUUUUCUGUUUUUGUGGAUACAAGUCCUUCACAAGUCAGCAUUUUACCUACAUCACCGUCUGAAUCAACAACAUUACAUUUGACAGAACCAUCAUUUGCACGACGAGAAAAUCAAAAACCCGUUGAAAAACUUGCAGGAGCAACAUUACCACAAGCUUCUAUCCCACAACGCCCCAUAGAGAAGUUUCAGGUCUACCAAGAUCCACCAGAGCCUACAAGGAAUCGUGUGGAACGUGCUGAUAUGCCGGGAUUAACUAUCUCUACUACCACUGGAGAAUCAUCGUUAGCAAAGAUUCGUCGUCAUCCUACAGCUGAUAUUCAAAUUAAACGAAAACCACCGCCAGUUAUAGAAGUCGACCAGCAACUAAUAAAUAGAUUCGAUUAUAGUUGUAACUUCUAUCUAUCAUCACAAAAUUCCAAGGGCGAAAAAGAAUAUAUUGCAGUUCGUAUUGAGCAAAAAGAAGAGAUGAGUUUUGAGGAAGUUCGAGCUAAACGUAUUCAACACGUGGAACAAAUCAUUGCUUCGCGACUAGAGCGUAAAGGUAAAGAACGUGAAAGACAAGUUGAUUUAGAAAACUCUAUAGCCAAACGUAGUAGAAUGGAUAGUACAUCAGAAUUCAUACGACAUAAUCAGUCGUUGGAGGCGGAUCAACCUGUACCAGAAUUAACAGCAGAAACAUUAGCAGCUAUGGAUGCAGUGGAUGCAUUAUAUGGAAAACAUCAACAAGAUUAUACCAACGAUGAAGAUUUGACGUGGACUAAUGAAUUUCAAAGAUUUGAGAAAAUUUAUCGUCCUCCAGUUAAUGAGAAUGAAUAAGAAGAAUCUCAUUCACUUUAUAUAUAUACAUAUAUAUAUAUAUUAUAAUAAUAAGGAUAAAUUAUAAACGGGCAAAUAUACGUUUUAUGUAUAUGAUAUCAAAAUAAAUAUGCGAUAACUACCUGUUAUAUUAUUUUAUACAUUAAUUUACGAAUAUAACUGAAGGGAAACAAGGAAUUAACUAAAUGUAUUCAAUAAACUUUUAUGUCUAUUUUAUGGUAUUUAUAUAAAAGACUAUUUCCUACAU